AUGUCCAACCAGGCAGCCUGGAUCAAAGAGAAGCACGGCCGGCUCGGGCUCGACGAGGCCGAAAUCCCGAUUCCCGGUGAUAAUGAGGUGUUUGUGAAAAUCGAGCUGAUCGCCUUCAGUCCUAUCGAUUUGAAGAUUCAGACAUUCGGCACCCAUCCUGUCCCUUACCCCAACAUCCUAGACAAGUCCUUCGCCAGUACAGUCCAAUACGUCGGUUCCAACGUAACCGACCUAAAGCCUGGCGACCGAAUCGCAAGUACGCGAGGAGCCAAGGCAGUCGGGGAUCCUCGCCUCGGCGCGUAUCAGAAAUACGCCCUGGCGUCUGUAUCCUCCAGCUCCAAGGUUUCCGCGGACGUUGACUUCCAGGGCGCAGCAACUUCAAUUAUGAACCUCGUCACAGUGGUUUCUGCGUUGUCGAUUCAUAUCGGGCUUGAUCGUGCGCCUCUCUCGGGCAAGCCGGAACCCAAGAACAAGACGGUCUUGAUCUAUGGAGGCUCCAGCUCCACUGGCGGAUUGGCCGUCCGGUAUGCUGUCACGGUAGGAUACACUGUCGUGACGACCUCGUCGCCGCAGAAUCGCCAGUUCGUGGAGUCCUUGGAUCCGGCUUAUAUCAUUGACCAUACGGCGCCGGCGGAGACGAUCGCCAAAGAACUUCGCAGCCAGGGUCCAUUUGAUCGGAUCUUCGAUGCGAUUUGA